AUGAAAUGGACUGAAGAACACGAAUUGCUUAUGUUGAGGGAAUUGAUGCUUUUGCAGCCAUGGCUGCACAAGAAAGGAACUAGUGAGAGAGGAGAUGAUUGGGAGAAGCUGGCAGUAUCCUUAAAUGCUAUUCCUUAUCCCCAAUUCCGUGUUACUCAACGGUCUGUUCGUGACCACUAUUCAACAAUGGAAAAGAGAAGAAGAAAAAAAGUCAGGGAAGAAGACAGAGCCUCGGGUAUUGCCCCUGAAGAGGACAAGGAACUAGAUCAACUGUUAGAUGAAACCAUUGAACUCUUUGAUGAGUCUGACAAAAUCACAGAUCAAACAAAACAAAAGCAGGAAGAAGAAGCAAAGAAAGCAGAGGAAAUGCGGAAGAGAUCAUUGGAAACUUUUAAAGACAGCGCCUAA